AUGGAUCCUGAAAUAUUAUUAUAUAGACCGCAACUUGACGAUAAUGAAUUUCAUCUUCUUUCCAAUCCUCCUUGUAAACUCUACUCACGUAUCACAGAAUUUAUUUCAGCUAAUCCCAAUAAUGUUGAUUAUAUAGGUAUCACAAAAUCUCCAAACUCUUUUCUCUUAUACCGCAAAAAUUAUGCUGCAAAAUAUAAAUCUCUUGAAAGUAAAAAAGAUUGGAAAACUCUUUCAAAGGAAGCUGGCGAUGCCUGGGAGAAUGAAUUGGACGAAGUAAAAAGUUACUUUAAAAUACUAGCAAAGUUGUCUCGUGAAAAACAUAAAUCAACUUAUGAUAAAAAAGGCAACACUUCGGAGCCGCAACAAAAACAAAUAAAUAAUAAUUACAAUAUCGAUUUUGCAGUUUCGUUACCACCCUAUCCACAUUCUACUUCUUCUCACACAAUUGAUAAUACAUCAUUGCUUCAUUUUAUGGAACCAAAACUAAUUCUAGAUCAAAAACAAAUGGAUAAUUUUUAUAAGAACAACAAUAACGAUUGUGCAGUUUCAUCAUCGCUUCAUUUUGUAGAUAAACAAUCAGAGCUACAACUACAACAAAAAGAUCCUUACACAAGUAAUAGUACAAACUCGUCUCGUUUUAUGACUCAGCAACCAGAACCACAACGCAAACAAAAAGAUAAUCUCCAUAAAAACAAUAAUAACGAUUAUGCACAUUCAUUAUCCUAUCCAUAUCCUACUCUUUCUUGCACAAACGAUAAUACAACCUCGCUUCAUUUUAUGGCUCAAUUACAAGAGGAGAAUUUUUAUAACGAUUGUGUAGCUUCAUUAUCAUCACUUUGUCCAUAUUCUACUUUUUUUUGCACAGGUGAUAAUACAAGCUCGCCUCAUUUUGUGUCACAACAACUACAACAAAAAGAUAAUCUUCAUAAAAACAAUAAUAACUAUCGUACAGUUUCGUCAUCAUCAAUUUAUCCAUAUCCUAUUUGUCCUUACACAAGUAAUAGUACAAACUCACCUCAUUUUAUGACUCAACAGCCAGAACCACUACGCAAACAAAAAGAUAAUCUUCAUAAAAACAAUAAUAACGAUUGUGCACAUUCAUAUCCUACUUUUUCUUGGACAAACGAUAAUACAACCUCGCUUCAUUUUAUGAUCCAACAACCAGAACCACAACAAAAUCUAAAAGAAAAUAAUAACGAUUAUGUAAUUUCAUCGUCAUCACCUCAUUCACUUUCCACUUUUUCUUGCACAAGUGACGAUGCAAACUCGUCUCAUUUAUGA